GCAGUUUAUUGCUAAGCUAUAGAAUUUAGUCAUGUGAGUUAUGAGUAAGAGCCUUAUUCAUUUAAAGGUCUGUGUUAGGGUUAACGAAUGGUAUAGUUCUUUGAAGUGAAAACGAAGGUACAAAUUGUAACAAAAUGCUUGCUUUAAUAAAUAGAAUUUUAGAUUGGUUUCGAAGUCUAUUUUGGAAGGAGGAAAUGGAAUUAACUCUCGUGGGAUUGCAGUACUCGGGUAAAACAACGUUCGUCAAUGUAAUAGCGUCUGGCCAAUUUUGUGAAGAUAUGAUCCCCACUGUGGGCUUCAACAUGAGGAAAGUGACUAAAGGAAAUGUCACCAUUAAGAUCUGGGACAUAGGAGGACAACCACGGUUCCGGAGCAUGUGGGAGCGUUAUUGCAGAGGUGUGAAUGCUAUUGUUUAUAUGGUUGAUGCUGCUGAUCAGGACAAAAUUGAGGCAUCUCGAAAUGAACUACAUAAUCUUCUGGACAAACAUCAGUUGGCUGGACUUCCUGUAUUAGUGCUUGGAAAUAAACGAGAUCUUCCAAAUGCUCUGGAUGAGAAGGAACUCAUUGAACAAAUGAAUUUGUCAGCAAUACAAGAUCGUGAAAUAUGCUGUUAUUCUAUUUCUUGCAAGGAGAAAGAUAAUAUAGAUAUCACUCUCCAGUGGCUGAUUUCACAUUCAAAGUCGAGAAGUCAUUGAAGACAUAACUGUUGCUGUCCUUGGUUUGAACUUUCUGAUCUCAUCCUUCUCCCUGAAAUGUUCUAGACAUUCUAGAAAUGAGGAUGAAUGAUGAGCUACCACACUGGUAGAAACAGUCACCAGUGUUUUUUGCACAUCUGUGAGGAAAUUUACACAAAAAUUAUUGAUAUUUUAAUGCUUUAUAAUGCUUGUUUUGUAUUGUGAACUGAUAUUUGACUUCUUUUACUUGUUUAUUGAUGUUAAAAAAGGUUGCUAUAACAUAUUUUUAGGAGAUUAAAAUACAAAACUUGUUCAUUGAAAUGUGUUCUGUUUGUAAUUUGAUGUUAGAUUUGUAUUUUUCUCAUUUUCACAAAGGCUGUAGAAAAUGAAUUGAUGUAGAACUUUGUUACACUCUUUUGAUAUGUAAAGAAAACGGUUAUUGUUAAAUAAGGUUAAGUAAGGAAAUCCUAAGAUUUUGUGUGAAUUCUUGGUCUGUGACCUCUUUUUACGAUAUAUUUAUUCAAAUAUAACAACUUUUCAGAUGAAUAUUUUUACUUGUAAUACCAGUUUGUGAUGUUUGUAACAUCUGCUAUUUUUACGUUAUUUAAACAUUUUUGCAACAACGCUGUAAUAUUUUAUUAAUUUAUAGUAAUACAGCAGAUUAGAUAAGUACAAUCGUUAGUUUGUUUCAGUAUACAGUGUCAUGAAAAGAAAUUAUUAUGCAGAUAAUUGAAAAAAAUAACAGAAUUGCCAUGUGUUAAAUCCAAUAUCCUUAGUAUCAUGAUUUGAGUAAAAUACUUGCAAAAAGUUAUUGGUCUUAACUUGCAGUACCAACCUUGUGGUAUUAUGUUUAUUUAAAUAAAAUUAUACAUAGGAUUUGUAGCAUAAGGUAAUUAAUUUCUUCAUGUGUAGCUUUACAACUUCCUGGCAUUUUACCAAAACUGUACUACAGUUUAUCUUUGUCUUGUUAAAGUAGGUUGUUUGUGUUAGAAUGCAACAUAACAGGAAAAGAAAUGGACUUGAAUAACAGUGCAUUGAUUUUUCUCAAGUUAACUGAAAAAUAAAAGCAUGAUUUCUCAUAAUAAUCACUUGAUAUUUAUCUUGGACUUUUGUUUUCUUGUAUAUCAGUAAUUAAUAAAAUACAAGUUUCAUAUAUAA